UGUUUGGGGGGUCUUGUGGAAAUGCGGCGGGGAUGAUGACAAGGCUGGAAUGUCAAGAGCUGCAUGGCCUGUCUCGCUCAUGAUGCCCACCAGGGGGUGCUGUGGCUCGUCCUAUUCAACUUUCCGCAGGCGCACAUUUUGCUACAAAUCCGAAACAGACUAGCUUUAUUUUAAAAAGCACUUUACAUGUUACCCUUUUAUUUAUUCUCAUUACAAAUGUUACUCGACAGCUUUAAGGAUUUUUGUCGUCAGGUGACUCGUACCCAGUUACAACACCUCUACUCAGCUUCCUGUCGCUUAUCAUGACUCCAUAAUGAACGCCUGCCACCGCGGCUGUCGUCUGUACUCCAUCUGCCAGUUUGUCAACGGCAACGCCGGCUUCAACACCAGCAAGGACGAGUGUCAGGGAGCUUGUCAGGAGGCGUACGUCAAACUCGUGGAGCAGGAGGCGUGUAGCACCGGCUGCGCCAGCCAGCCUUCGGAACCCGAAAUCAAGAGGAGGAAGCUCAAGGCCAUGACCCUGCGCCCCAAGGUGCCUUCCAUCAUGGAGGCCGUGUCCGGCUGGUGCAACGACAUUGUCAGCUCGGCCCAGAGCUUCAUCUCCUCCACCUGGACCUUCUACCUGCAGGCCGACGAUGGGAAGGUUGUCGUUUUUCAGAGCCAACCUGAGCUGGAGUACUCUCCCCCCGAGCCUCGGUCCAACAUGGCCGACGGGCCCUGGCCGCAGGCGCACUCGCACACGCAGAAGCCUCACGGCGUGAGGGGGCGCGGUGAGAAGGCGGGAGCCAAAGCUGUAAGCAGGGGCAAACAUCAGGUCCAGCGCGCCGACGACUCCGCCGCCUCAGCCGAGCACGACUUCCUGGGCUGCAUGUCCAGGCGUUCGGGUCUUCCCCGAUGGAUUCUGGCGGCGUGCCUUUUCCUGUCCAUCAUGGUGAUGCUGUGGCUCAGCUGCGCCAGCCUGGUCACCGCACCCGAGCAGCACAUCAAGGCGCAGCUGAGCAUCAACGGCGACAAAGUGUUCCUGGACGACAAUCAGGCGAAGGCAAAUCCGUACCACCUGAGCCCCCUGCUGGCCGUCGGCGUCAAGUCGGCGGCGGUCCAGGACAGCCAGGAGGCCGGGCCUCUGCCGGUCAAGGUGGACCUCGACAAGACUCGAGUCUAGAAGCUUCCGGGGUUCGCGCAAUUUUUUUUCUUCUUCUUCUUCUUCUUCUUUUUAAGGAGCGCGUCACCCUCCAAGUCAUUUGACGCCAUGAAUACUCCCUGUGGGUGUUUUAUUUCCGAUCAAGCGGCCUGUCUGAGAGCUCCCGUUGCUUUUCUAAAUUGAUUUUAUGUUGACUUUGACCUUGAGUAGAGAGAAACUAAAGCCUGGUACAGAAAUCACCUUUGUACUCGUGGUGGUAGUAGUGGUGGUGGUGGUGUGGUGGUGGUGGUGGUGGUGGUGGUGUGGGGGGGGGUGACCUCGUACCGUGUUGUUGAAAUCAACAGGAAGUAUUUUUCCUUCUGAAUGAAGGAAAGUGAGCUGCUUGUGAUGUACAAUACAUUGUAAUCUAGACAUAGAGUGUCAUUUACAGUACCAAGGAUUAUUAGACGCGCAUUGAAAAUAAAAUAAAUAUACUAUGAGAGAAACUGUACUUUUCGAAAAGGUCCUAUAUAUAUAUAUAUAUAUAAUAAAAUGGAAUAGCUUUUUUAAAUCGGGCGGGGGGAAUCACACCAACAAAAGUAAAAAGUAUGUUUCUUGGAAUAAAAAUAUAACAUUCACAUGCUUUUUUUCAUAAAUUAAUUGAACAUUUUUGGAAGCGCAUUCUUUUUCUGCUGUUUCUUUGGGGGGGAGAAAAAUUCAUAUUUUACAAGAAAAUUCAGAUUUUCUUUUCAGCAUUUAUAAAAAAAGGAAAAUUCAACUUUUUUUGCAGGAAAAAAAAUUCCUUUCAUUUCAAAACGGAUGUUUUUCUUGAUGACAAAUUUUUGGGUUGCUAUUAAGAAUCUGGUCUAAAUAAAAUGACUUCAUUCAUGUAACUACACAUUUUUUACAAAUUGAACUUUUUCUGUAAAAAAAAAAACGAAAUAAAAAUUCUCAUUUUUAAUUUUUUUUUUUUUUUCAGAAAAAAGUCACUUUUUUCCAUCUAGAAAAAUUCGGUUAUUUUUCAAAUCAAAAAUGUCUUUAAAGAAAAAUCUGAAUUCUUAACCUAAGUUGAAUCAGUUCUAAAAAAAAAAAAAAAAAAAUUAAGAUGAUAAAAAAAGAUCAUGGUAAAAAAAAAAAAAAAUGCUUCCUGGAAAAAAAAUAAAAAAUUCACAGAAAAAUCUGAUUUUUCAAACCCAAAUGACAACCCCCCAAAAGCGCAUUUAAAUUUUUGUGAAAUGAGGCCUUUAUCUUCAUAACUUUGCACCCUCCCCCCCAGUCCCCGUUCCCUCAUAGUAUAUUUAUUUUGUCGCUGACGUGGCCCUACUACUACCCCUUGGCAGUUAUUGUGUAUUUCUGAUGGCCCCAUGUUGUUAUUGCUCUCGCUGUAUUUUUGUAGGCGUCCCCCGAGUACACAGUCUACUCUCGAUAGGAAAAGACAUCUUUUGUCUGUUGUCGCGGAGGCGAGUGGGACGGAGCUGGAGACUUUGAGACGUUCUUUGUGCUUUUUUUAUUUUUGGGCCGUCCUUUAUCCCCCCUCCCAAAAUAAAGCGUGCAUGCCGAUUCAAGCUUGGAUAGUUUGAAUCCCGAUCGCUCCCUGAAGGCCCGGCUCGCCUCUGUUGUAGAUAUGUGACCAUUUUGUUUUAUAUUCCUUAUUUUUUUUUAUUUUUAUUUUUUGUGUGUGCUCCUAUUUACUACAAAGACGAUGAGAACGUGUAUUAUAACAAUAAUAAUAAUUAUUAAUUGUAAGGAAUGCGGAAAUCACCCGAAGGACUUUUCGACCGCAACAACAAAAGCCAUUCAAUUCAAAUCUAACGUGAGCAUAAAUCACAAAAGAAAGAAAAAGUGGGAAUUUUCCUUUUUAUUGCUCGGUUCAUUUUCAAUGAAACAAUAAUUGCAAUGUAAUGAAUAAAGUGUUUUCAUGGACAAAAAAACCCACAAAGAUGUACGU